AUGAUAAUGGCGAUGUACCCAUUGCCAGUCGUAACGGAAACGGAUAUUUGUACCCAUGCAUCGCUUUUAGCACGUUUCACUGAAGAGACACCCAUUUUCACACUUCCAGCAGCCAUGGUGGGCUCUCGUCGCGUGCGGAGGCGCUCCGUGUCGGCUUGUCCUCUUCUCCCGACGUACGUGGCGCUGCUGGAGCCACUUCAACUGAGACUGCAAUCCGCUCGCGACAACAAACGCCCUCUCUUCAUCCUGCAAGUCCAACGACGCAGCAGUUCAAACAACGACAGACUCAGCUCGACAGGCAGCAACAAUUCAUGGAGUUCGCCACGUCCGUUUGAGGACUUCGAGGCGCUGCAGAAGCGAAUGAUACUCGCAUUGCAACACGGCCACUUUUGCAACGCAGGCUGUCCCUGGCUCUUUUCGUUUUUGACAAGCGAGUUCCCAAAAAAGCACAUUUUCCAGCGGAAUUUCAGCCCGAAAACCGUCGAAACGCGAAGAGGAAAGCUGCUGGAGAUGCUGACGUCCACGCUCGAGUUUCUACUGGACAGGAAAAAUCACGCGUGUACUGUUGCGACGACCGACGUGGCCAAGCUCUUGGCUGAGUUUCUCUACGGCGAAGAUGCCGUCGCACACUGCAUUGUGGACUCCUACUCCGAAUCGGAUUCCGCCAGUUACAAUAAUAGUCAACGCCAGAGCAUCAGUGUUUCAUGCGGGAACGAGGACUUGUCUAGUCACGAUAGCAGCGGAGAGCUGAGUACUUGCGGUGUCUGCAACGGGUCCUUGGCUGGACAAGCGAACAACAAACCGAAAGUCAGCCCCGUCAAUUCCAGUAGUCGCCGUCGAUCCUCCGUCUACGCAACAGUGUUGCAGUGCGGCCACCAGUUUCACGACGAGUGCAUCGUGCCUGUGCUGAACGAGACGCUGCGCUGCCCGACCUGCCACCACUUAGAGAUCCAGUAG